UAAUUAGGCGAGGGGGCGCCCGCCCGAAAAGAGAAGCGCCUGCAGUCGAAAGGGAAUGCUGAACGCGCAGCUUCAAGCUCUAGACCCCACCUCGCCAAAGGAGAAGAUUGUUCCCGUCUCCGUAGACCUGUUAACCGGCCAUGGGUUUUGCUCUCUCUAUGGGCAAAGUUGCCGUCAAUUAUAAAGGGGCCAGUGGGCGACGCAACUCCGCCAGUAGGGCGGGAGAAAUGUGCUCGCGACAGCCAAUCGUUGGCGAGUUCGUUGAAGGCGUUUGCAGAGGAGGCGAGGCUGUGUCUGGAGGCAGCCGGGGAAACGCGGCGUCUAAGUACAGUACCAGGAAGUGGAAGACCUCUGCCUGAGAUUGGGCCACGUGUUUGGAGGGAAGGCGUUUGCCUGGAGCGCCGGUACUUGUUGGAUAACUCACAUGUCAUCAGAAGACGUUACUGUCACUGUUCGUCUAGUUCGCUCCUUUGAGCACCGUAAUUUUAAACCUGUUGUGUACCAUUAUGUUACUCUGGAUCAGACUGUCGGAGAGUUUAUUGAAUUUGUGAAGAAUGAUGUGGUAUUAAGGACAGGACUUCCACCUCCUUUUAAAAAAUAUAGAUAUGAUACAAUGAAGAUUCUUCACCAGGCGCAUGGCUCUAAGACCAAUGAACUCGUCGUGAGUUUAGAAGAUGAUGACAAACUCAUUUUGGCAGAGGACAGCACCCUGAAAGCCGCUGGCAUAGCAAAUGAAACGGAGCUUGCAUUUUUCUGCAUGGAUGAUUACAGGAAAUAUAAAGCCAAUCCCGUCGCUACCUGGUGAAGACUUUGCAACUUGGGAGAAGAUUCCCCCGCUGCUUGUUUUGUGAGGCUUUAUAAAUUCUUAAACCUUAAAAAGCUGUAUAUUAUAAGUAUUAUGAAUUUUGUUUGCAGGAACAACAAACCCUUCUUUUCAUACAGUUGCUAUCUUCAGUUCUUUUCAAACACAAGCCCCUACUCACAAAUCGUAUGGGAAGUGUUUUACAGUGGAAACAUACCAAUCCACCAUACAUUUUUAAAAAUGUGAAAUGUUGGCUGUGGACAAGGUGUUAAAUGUAAUUAACUAACACCAGUAUUUUAUUAGGGCUGUGCCUUGGCCUUGGAUGAGAUGCAAGUCAGAGGCAAGAAUCUCUUCCUUGGAGGUACUUGGACCGCCUUAGAAUCCAAGGCAGCUUGAGUCCGAGGUGAAGCUGGCUGACUUCAAGACUUAGGAAAUAUAUUGGGCUAUUUUUAUUAUUAUUAUAGUCAAGGGGAAGACAUCUCAGACUUUGGGAAAUAUGGCAAGAUGACCUCUGCCUUGGAUCUGAGGCAAAAUAUGAUGCUAAUCUGAGCUACGAAGCCAUAGCCAAGCCUAUGAGGUGGGUUUUUUCUGUACACAACCCAAAUAUAUAUAUAUGUAAGCUAUUUUUCCAUUCUUU